GGUAUGGAGGUCCCUCCGUUCCUCGUCACGAUGGCGAGGUUUACGACGAUGCAGGGCCUAGUGUUCCACGAAGAACGAGGAAACUUCGGCCGGCGUCGCUUCGGAGUGGCGCAGCGAUGCGCUAACCACCCAGGCCCGCCGAAUCUCCCUGAGAGUGCAUCUAGACGGACAUCCUGCGCGGUAAGGAGCGUUGGACGUAGCUUCCGCCGGGAACAGAGAGAAAGAGGAGUGCGCAGGCGAGGAGGGGAAGUAGGAACUAGGGAUAGGGAGACGGCUGUCUUCAGCUACGGCUCCAUCGAAAAGUCUCACAGCGCUGCGGGGACGAGGCGUCGGGAUCCAGUUGUCGGAUGGAUGACAGCUGAUCGGAUCUCGGGCGGCGCGGGAACACGCGCACUUCGGUCGCAGCGCGGCGAAGAUGCCGCACAUCAGUGGCGGUCAGGUUCUGGAGAGGCGGCCGUUAUGGAGGAUGAGCUUGCUCUCCGACAUGUUUUGGGGGGUCGUCAAUUUCGUGGGGGUCUUCUUCGGCACCCUCUUCUCGGUAUCUCUCGUUAAUCCUAAAGCCCUCAAAGCAGGCCAGGUUCAUAAUUCUAAACCCACAAGUUCGUCGUGUCAGAGCUAUGUUAUAAUAAUAAGUAAUUCUACAAACCAGGCACCAAACCUGUUGCCCUCCCCAAAUGCCCCAAAGCAGGCCAGGUUCAUAAUUCUAAACCAGGAACCAAACCCCUUCUCGGUAUGUCGUUUAACCCUAAACCCAAAAGUUAGUCCUGUUCCGUACCGAAUCCAGGUCGUGUCCGAGCUAUUGUUGUUAUAAUAAGUAAUUCUAUACUACAGGUGCCAAAUCUGUUGCCCUUACUAAAGCGCCAAAAGCAGGCCAGGUUCAUAAUGAAUGAACCCUUGAUCU